UACUGCCUCAGACAUUUCUCUGUUUCAUCAUCUCUCUCUAUAAACAAAAUUAAAAAAAAAAAAAAUCACAAAGCUGGUGAGCGAGCGAGAGAGAGAGAGAGAGAGAGAGAGAGAGAGAGAGAGAGGAACUCGAAAAUGGACGAUUACGCCAGAGAAAUGAUGGACCUCAAGACUCUUGUCACUCGAACCCUGGAGAAGAAGGGUGUCCUCGCUAAGAUCCGGGCUGAACUCAGGGCUAGCGUCUUUGAGGCAAUUGAAGAGGAGGAUAGGGUAGUCGAAAAUGACGAGGGCUUACCUCCUGCGUUAUUGGGGAGCUGCAAUGAACGUGCAAAACAGCUUCAUGCUUCUCCUUCAGGGAGGUUGCUAACUGCGCUGAUAUGUGAAUAUUUGGAAUGGGCACAACUAAAUCAUACGCUUAAAGUUUAUCUUCCAGAGUGCAAUUUGCAAAAGGAUUUUUGGAAGUCUGAGUUGAAGGAAUUUAGUGGCAAGAACGGAUAUGAUCUUAACAGAAAUGGUGAUAGUGGUCCUUUACUUUUGGAUGUUCUUGAAGGAUUCUUGAAGUUUGAGAAUUUAUCCCAAGGAAGGGGUGGUGGAAGGAGAAUAUCAGAAGCUGAGUCCUUAUCUAGUUUAGAUUCAAGGAAUGUCCGAAGACCCUUUUCAUCAUCUGUUGCUGCUGACAUCAAAUCUACUCUCUUUUUCGUUCAUAAUAAGGCUCUGCCUCUUCGUCCGGAGCCCAAGGAUAGGAAUGUCCAGUGGGUUUUCCUCGGUUGCCCUGGCGUUGGUAAGGGUACUUAUGCUUCUCGCCUCUCCAAUCUUCUUGGUGUCCCUCACAUCGCCACCGGUGAUCUCGUCCGCGAGGAACUCAAUUCCUCUGGUCCUCUUGCCUCUCAGCUUAAGGAGAUUGUGAACCAAGGGCAAUUAGUUUCGGAUGAAAUUAUUAUAAAUUUAUUGUCCAAGCGCCUUGAAGCUGGAGAAGCCAAGGGCGAAUCUGGUUUUAUUCUGGAUGGUUUCCCUCGAACUAUCAGACAAGCGGAAAUAUUGGAGGGAGUAACAGAUAUUGACUUGGUGGUCAACCUAAAGCUUCAAGAAGAAGCAUUACUUGCAAAAUGCCUUGGAAGAAGGAUUUGUAGUGAGUGUGGAGGAAAUUACAAUGUUGCCAGCAUUGACAUCAAGGGUGAGAAUGGGAAACCUGGAAUGUAUAUGGCUCCACUGCUUCCUCCUCCUCAUUGUGCAUCAAAACUUAUCCAGCGAUCUGAUGAUACGGAAGUUGUUGUUAAGGAGCGACUUCGUAUUUACAAUGAAAUGAGCCGACCUGUUGAAGAGUUCUAUCACCAACGUGGGAAAUUGUUGGAGUUCAAUCUUCCUGGAGGAAUCCCAGAAUCUUGGCCAAAGCUGCUUGAAGCUCUGAAUCUUGAAGACUAUGAAGUUAAACAAUCUGCGGCUGCAUGAGUUCCAAUAGCUCUAUAGCAUUUUUGCAAGUUAAGUUAGGUCAUUCUUUGAAUGAGGGAUGCAAUAUUAUUUAAAAUGAAGGGAAAACAGGUCUGCACAAUAAACAAAGUCUAAAAUCAUUUGGAAGAUGUGAUAUUGUUUGGAGAGCAGGGACACACUGUGCACGUUUGGUGAUAUUAUUUGGUUGAUGGAUCGUUUAGUCCAAGGUUAUUAUGUUGUGUCAAACAAUCAGUGCCCUCCGAUUUUACCAUUGACAAUAUUAUUUGGUGACAGUUGAUUUAGUUCAUGAUAAUUAUAUUGUGGCCAACUGUCAUUGCCACUCAAUUUUGCUGUAUUAUUUGGUUAUGAAUAUCUGUUUCAGGGUUCUUUGGACUUGGAAGUUCCAAACUAGUGAAACAAGAAAAUAAAUGUUGCAUCAA